GCGCGGCUGCCGUACCGGUCUGGCGGCCGCAGCCAAUGGCAGCGCUGCAUCGUAUGACGUCAACGUCCUCCUCCGUCUCGCCAGCGCAGACUACAUCGACGCCAUUGCUUUGGACGACUGUGUUUUCGAUCGAGGAAGUUUUCGCCAUGAACCAAGCCGCAGUGCAAAAUGAACUGUUGAUUUCGCUCGUUCACGGGCAGCCUGUGCUGUGGGAUCAGAGGCUGGCGGCCUACAAGAACCUUGAUGCGCGCACGGCUGCGUGGGUUGCCGUCGCGAUAGGCCUAGGCCUAGCUGGGACGCAAGGUGACGUCAACGCAAUAAGCAAACGGUGGCGCAAUCUUCGCGACACAUUUUGUAAAAAAUUGCGCGAAGCGAAGAAGAAAAGCGGCGCUCCUGCUGGUGAGCCAGACCACCAGCAACAUGGACGCACUAGACGACGACUCUGUGAGCGAAAUACUUGGUGGAGGCAGCACGUUUGAAUCACCAAGAGAAAUGUUAUUAGACAUGGUUGAAGACACGGACACACUUUCAUCGAACUUGACUCCUGCAUCUCGGACUUCUUCCGCCUUUUCAUUUAAUUCACCAUCUUCUGCAGAGGCAUCGAAAUCCGUGACCCCUGCCUCUCAGACUAGCUCUCCCGUUUCAUUCCAUUCACUACCUUCUACAGACGCCAUUUCCUCCGCAUUUACACAGAACAAAAGCGCUUUUGCAAAUGUAACCCGUAACUCGAAAAGAAAAAAAAAACGCAGACACAAUCCUCAAUGACAUCGACAAACAGCUAGAAACAUCAGUUACAGACAACCAACAUUUUCUUCUCUCACUGUCUAGCCAAAUGGAAAAAAUUCCACCCCAUUUACUGGGGCUGUGCAAGAUGCACAUCAUGGAUAUAGUCAACCAUUAUGAGGCUGGGGUGGUGCCAACCCAAUUACUUCCACUGCAGCCACCACAGCCACUGUAAAUCGACUGAAAAACUACAAGCCUAAUAAUAAUAUCUGGAGUUUAACGUCCCAAAACCACGCUAUGAUUAUGAGAGACGCCGUAGUGGAGGGCUCCGCAAAUUUCGACCACCUGGGGUUCUUUAACGUGCACCUAAAUCUACGUACACGGGCCUCAAACAUUUUCGCCUCCAUCGAAAAUGCAGCCGCCGCGGCCGGGAUUCGAUCCCGUGACCUUCGGUUCAGCAGUCGAGCGCCAUAACCACUAGACCACCAUGGCGGGGCAAAAACUACAAGCCUCUUUGUAAAACAAGGAAAAUGUAAAUUAUUUGUAAAUAUAUCUUUUUUGCAUCAUUGUUAAAUUCCCACAUGCAAGAUAUUCUUAUCACUCCGCGAGGCAUCGCAGCAACGAUUCCACACUGUCUACACUUAUUAAACCUGCCCAUCGAACAUUCGCUCGUCUUGACCAUGAAUUCAAAUUAGAACAUUUAUUUGCCCGAACAAACCUGUUUUUUUAUUCACCAUUACUUCUUGCUGUUAAUCAUUGGAAUCAACUUCCUAACGACAUUGUCUGUAUAAGAAACCACGAAGAAUUCACUCACAAAUUAAAGCUUCA